AUGAGUAUCAACAAUGAAGCUGUUCGUAGAUCUUCGCGUAGGAAUAAAGGAAAAAACAAGUAUUUACAGGAUCAGAUGAGAGCUGAGCUUGAAUAUUUGAAGGAAAGAGAGGUUAUGAAGGCUACACUUGAAGAAACCUACAACGAUGGCCAGGACACAGUUAGAUGCGUUGUUUGUGGUACGACAGAUGAAAACUACGAUGAAGAGAAUGAUCCGCACGGUGAUAUGGUUCAGUGUGAUGGUUGCGACACAUGGCAACAUAUAAAAUGCAUGACGGGGAAAGAUGUAUUAGAAGCGUCAUCCACUUAUUAUUGUAAUGUAUGCAACCCAUCUGCAUAUCCGGAUGUUAAAUGUGCCAUUGAUCCCACAUACUUUGCAAAAUCGAAAAACUUGAAACGCAGAUCUCAGAAUGAAGAGGAUUCUGAUCACGUUGAAGACGAGGAAUAUCGCGUAGAAAGUAACGAUAUUCCAGGCCAAGUUAGUGGCGAGUAUCGCCGAUCCAGUAAUAACAGAAAGAAAAGCAGGAAGUCGGAAGUCACGCAGGAGAGUAAACUGAGGGAGUCCGCCCUCAAAAUGCUCACUGACCUUUUCAGGAAAUACAUAAUUCCAGAGAGUUUGGCAAGCGGGACAUUAAAGGAAGACAUAACGGAUAACCGUGCUGAGGAUCUCGCUAGGGAGUUAGAAGGUCAAUUAUUUGAAUCAUAUUACAAAAGUGGCGAAAAUGCGGCAAGUAUGUACACAGAGAAAGUUAGGAUGAUUUACUCAAAUUUGAAGGAUCAAAAGAAUGCACAUUUGAAAAAACUGGUAGCUACAAAGGCCAUACCUUAUGAAAAACUGGUGAAAAUGUCAGUCAACGAAUUGAUUAAUCCUGAUUUACGAGAGUUCAGGGAAAAAGUUGGGAAUGAGGCUUCGGAACAGUUGAUUUUUGAGCAACCCAAUAGGCCUAAAUACAUCAAAACACAUAAAGGAGAUGAACUUAUCGAAGACCCUAAUGCCUUCGAACCUGAAGAUAUCAUAUUUAGUAAGGACAUUAUCUUAUCCAAACAUGAUGAUUCUUAUAAAGAAGGGAUUGGUUUGGCUCAAAGUGACAAGAGCACAAGAAGAGUUCCACCCUCAACUGCUUCGCUUAACGGUGACAGUAUUAAAAAUGAGGAAGUGCGUAUAUCAAACUGUACAAUCCAAUAUGACGAAAUUAACGCCAAGUUUGUUGCAAGUGCAAAAUUUUUGGGCUCUUCAAGACCGCUCAAUCAAAGAGUGUGCACAGACGCGAUGAAUAGUCAUCUUUUCACUGUAGAGGGUCGGCUUAGCAGUGACGAGGGUGACAAGUAUCUCAAUCAAAUGUUGAAUACCAGGAUUUUGGUAGUAUACGAGUUGAUACCGAAUGAACAUCCAUCUGAUCAAGAUAAAUUUUCAGAGUUCUUCGAAUUUCUAUCAAAGCGGCACAGAUACGGUGCCUUGAAAACGAACAGAGAAUACGUGAGGCAUAUUUAUGUGAUUCCCUGGAAUAAUGGAGAAGAACACACGCUAUUCAAUUUAAUUCCCAGCAUCGAAAACUCUAUCAAAAUGGAAUCUAGAGCUUUGCUGGUAGUUGCUGUAGUAAGGGAAGACUUAUUAAAAGAUUAA